UAUUACCCACAGCGGUAACAUAACAUUCUAUAAAAGAAGAAGAAGACUGUGUAAGCAGAGCUGUUACGUUAAGUGACCUGCCGAUGUGCUUCAAUGAUAAAUAGAUUUCUGUUGGAAAACGACCGUUUUUCAAACUCGCCUUUUGUCUGUUUCAGAAUAGAGCAAGGUAACUGAUCGGUCCUCUUGGCUGAUGUGAAUAUGCCUGCUGGUGUGUCAUGGCCUCGGUACCUGAGGAUGUUUGGUGCCAGUGUACUAUCUAUGUUUGUUGGAGCAGAGGUUGUCCAUCAGUACUACAGACCCGAUCUGACUAUUCCAGAAAUCCCUCCCAAACCUGGUGAAUUGAGGACUGAACUGCUGGGAUUUAAAGCCAGAGAAGAGGCUGCUGCCGUUGCUGCCCCAAAGACAGUGACCCUUUCCGUUGACUGAUUACAUUUUUGUACAGUAUCUAACUCUAGAGCAAUCCUUGUACAUAUUGCACAUGUUUAAAAACCACAAAGGGACAAAUGUGAAUAAGAAAAGUUGGAUGGACAUGUGCGUAUCACAUUUGUUAUGAAACGAAUGUGGUAUAAAUUGACGUGUGCCAAUUCUAUUCAAAGUUACUCCAGGCAAUGAUGUGUUCACAUGGCUGGAUGGCGCUUCAGGCUCCUCAGACUAUAACAAGAAAUUGAACCUUUAUUUAACUAGUCAAGUUAGUUAAUAACAAGUUCUUAUUUACAUUUAGGUCAGGAGCCUACAAUUGUGUUUAUCGAACCUAUUGUCAUGGAGAACUCAUGAGGUCUUGAGUAUGGGACAACUUGCAGAGCAGACACCCUUUUGCUGUUCUUGAUGCGAGAGCCAUAGCAAAGUGAGCUCAAGUUUUAACCAUGUUGUCUGAUGGAUCACUAAUGCAACUUCUGCGCAGACUAGUAUGAGUAUGUCAGAUACUGUAUGUAUGUAACUGUUCAUUGGGUUUUUAAUCAACAGAUGUGAAUCAAAUGUUUGUGUUUAUGCUUUUAAUAGACUUAUGUUGGGUCCACACGCAACAACAAAAAAUAUAGAUAUAUCCAAAUCUGAAUUUCAUUAUUUAUUAAUGAAUAAACUUUUAAAUUAU